UGGGAACCCGUGGUGGCCGCUGACGCCUUUUUAAAGCGAAAAAAUAGAGAGAGAAGGAAGAUAAAGAGGUAAAGAGAGAGUAACUUACAAAAAACAAUUGAAUUUUUCAAAGAAAGAAAAAUUCAGUGUUCGCGUACUAAAUAAGCUGUGUUUUUCAUACUGAAAAAACCAAACAAAAAAAUCACAGAGAAAAAAUGUCUGGAACUCAAGAAGAAGAUAAGAAACCUGGUGACCAAUCUGCUCAUAUCAAUCUCAAAGUCAAGGGUCAGGAUGGCAAUGAGGUCUUCUUCCGAAUUAAGAGAUCUACUCAACUGAAGAAGCUUAUGAAUGCCUACUGUGACCGACAAUCAGUGGAACUGAACUCCAUUGCUUUCUUAUUUGACGGGCGCCGUCUUCGAGCUGAGCAGACUCCUGAAGAGUUGGAAAUGGAAGAUGGUGACGAGAUAGAUGCUAUGCUGCAUCAGACUGGAGGUUCUAUGGUCUAAUCCUUGCCGUGCCUCAUGUUGACUAGGAUUAAGGAAAUUAGGUUAUUUCAGAAAUUGGCUUUGUGAAAGACCAUGUUUAAAACUCUAUUGUAACUUGAUCAGUCUUAUUCUGAACUUAGUUUCUUAGUCCUUGUUUGUUGAUGAUAAUCUUAAAUGGUGCUUGGUGGGUAUCAUAGUAUGUCGUUACCUGUUUGGACGUUGUCCUAAAGCACGACUUAUUAACGUUGUCAACUAUUUGGAGACCAUUAUGUAUAUUCUUAUCA